CCCCGAACUUGCUGUAGUCUUCCACCUCACAAACCAAGGAAGGGUUUCUGGGCAAUCAUUUUACCAAUCACCAGCUAGUAAAUACGCACAAAUCUUCCUUGCCCGAUUCGUGUUCCCCAUCAGCGCGUCUGCCUUCAUCACGUUCGCAAUAUGUCGUUAAGCCAAGCGCGUCUCCAAGAGGAGAGGAAGCAAUGGAGGAAAGACCACCCAUUCGGAUUCUACGCCAAACCCGUCCGCACGAAUAACGGGGUGCUCGACAUCAAGAAGUGGGAGUGCGGUAUCCCCGGGAAGGACAAGACCAUCUGGGCUAGCGGUCUCUUCAAACUCGAAGUGACGUUCCCCGACGGCAAAUUCACCCCCCCGCUCUUCCAUCCCAACGUAUACCCCAGCGGAACCGUGUGCCUGUCGAUAUUGAACGAAGACGAGGGCUGGAAGCCGGCGAUCACCAUCCGGGAGAUCCUGCUCGGGAUCCAGUCGCUGCUGGACGAACCGAAUCAGGAGUCGCCGGCGCAGGCGGAGGCGUAUACGCUGUUCAAGAAGGAUCGGGCGGCGUAUGAGCGGAAGAUCAAGCAGGUGGUGAGGGAGAAUCCGGCGCCGUGAUGGGGUAGGGCCGCGAGCCGGUUUAAGGGAUGAAAAGGGGACGUUUCGUCGUGGUGGAUCUGGAGGAGAUGAUUUAUGGGCAUCAAGCCUGACGAGGAGUUGGUGGGAUCGUUCGGCUAAGAAUCUGAACGAGCAUGGAUCUGAUGGAGUUACGGGGAUAGGGGAUUCAACGAAUCUGACUGCACAGGGAGCGAGUGCAUCAUGGAAGCGAAAUGAAAUGAAUUCUGCAUUUUCUCGACGCCACGGCGCUUGCGGCGCAUUUCCGGUCGUCCCCGCGGAGGCGAGAGCGAUCAAUAUUCAAUCUUAAGACUCCAUUACCCGAUUUUCCCAGUGUCCCUCCCGAAAGUAAGUGCACAAGCGAGAUGCCAGCGGUGCCCGUUGGCGUCUAAUAGGGCCGGUAUCCACCACCGCCACGCCCACGCGAUCCUCCUCUGUAACUGAUUUAGGUCAGAAGCACUGCCAGAAGAAAGGCGG